CACCGCCCUCCGCUCCUCACACCUCCUCUCACACCACUCCCCGCCUCUCACGACCACGUCCCGCCCCGAACCACAUAGGGCGCUGCCGCUCGGGUCGGUUCGCGGUUUCCAGCGCGGUUCCGUGCUCCUGCCCUGCCCUACCCUGCUCGGUUCUCGGCGCUCCCGCUCCCACCAUGGCGCUAAGGAGGGGUAUCCCACCGGGCCGGCGCCAUCCCGCAGUUAAAGCUGGAGGUAUGAGAGUGUCUAAAAAGCAAGAAAAUGGACCUGUUGAGAAAAGUACUAAACCUCCAGGAAAAGAAAAGUCAAGUGCUAUUGUCAGUUUUGCAAAACCUCAGAACAUGGGUGUCUUGGUAGCAGAAGCACUGAACAAAAUGAGCCACAAAAUCCAUGCAGCAGCAUUACAAGUGGCUCACCAAAAGCCGCAGCCUACUUUGGAGAAGUUCAUAUUGCCUAAAAGAAUUUACAUUAUUCAACAGCCACGGAAAUGUUAAGAUAAUCAUUGAAAUACUUAUGUUUACUUAAAAGUGAGUUUCUAUUUCAUAUAGCACUUAGCACGCUGUGGUGAAGUGCUCAAAAGCUAUGUGCCUUGUAUCUUGCUGUGUUUCUGUUACUGACAAUAAAAUAUAAG